CUGUCGUAAAAACAUCUCGGAGAAAAUGUCGUGAAGCGCAGUCGGUAGGGUCUGUGACGAAGAGAGUGACCGGGCCUGGUUCCCCGCACUUAUUUGCCCCGUACUCCGGUGGCUCCCUCCCCCUCUUGCUCCAUGUGGGGCCCAGGUUGGGGUCUCGGCUUCUCCUCCUUCUUCUUCUCCACCUUCUUCUCCUUCUUCUCCUCCUUCUAUGGCCCGGAAAACAGUUAGCAGGAAGCGGAAAGCGGCGACGGCUGCCGCCGGGGGGCUCCAGGGGGAGCAGUAUGUGUGGGAUCACUCAGUUCACAAAAGGAAAAGACUCUACCGGGUGAAAAGGUCUAUGGUGUACUACCUGAAAGGUAGAGAGGUCAGGAUGCAGAAUGAGUCCAACUAUCACCGCUUGUUGCAUGGAUAUGCAGCCCAGCAGCUUCCCAACCUCUUGAAGGAGAGAGAAUUUCACCUUGGAAUCCUUAAUAAAGUAUUUGCCUCCCAGUGGCUGAACCACCGGCAAGUGGUGUGUGGGACAAAAUGCAACACAUUAUUUGUAAUAGAUGUCCAGACUGGUCAAAUUACCAAGAUUCCUAUUCUGAAAGAUCGUGAACCUGGCAUGGUGAACCAGCAGGGAUGUGGCAUUCAUGCCAUUGAGCUCAACCCCUCAAGGACCUUUCUGGCCACAGGUGGAGACAACCCCAACAGUCUUGCAAUUUAUCGUCUGCCUACACUUGAUCCUGUGUGUGUGGGAGAUGAUGGACAUAAGGACUGGAUAUUUUCAAUUGCAUGGAUAAGUGAUACUAUGGCUGUUUCUGGUUCCCGGGAUGGUUCGAUGGGUCUCUGGGAAGUUACAGAGGAUGUGUUGUCCAAAACUGAUGCCAGGCAUAAUCUCUCUCAAGUUCCUGUCUAUGCCCACAUAACACACAGGGCUCUGAAGGAUAUUCCUAAGGAGAACACCAAUCCUGACAACUGCAAAGUCCGAGCAUUGGCUUUCAACAAUAAGAACAAGGAACUGGGAGCUGUGUCCUUGGAUGGGUAUUUUCAUCUUUGGAAAGCAGAGCACACACUAUCAAAGUUACUUUCCACAAAGUUGCCAUACUGCAGGGAGAAUGUGUGUUUGGCUUAUGGUCCGGAGUGGUCAGUGUAUGCAGUAGGAUCACAGGCACAUGUCUCCUUUUUGGAUCCAAGGCAGCCUUCUCACAAUGUUAAAUCCGUCUGUUCCAAAGAACGAGGCAGUGGUAUUCGAUCGGUGAGCUUUUACGAGCACAUCAUCACAGUGGGAACGGGGCAAGGUUCCCUAUUGUUUUACGAUAUCCGAGCCCAGAGGUUCCUGGAUGAAAAGCCCCCACAUGCCUGCUAUGGACAGAAGCAGAAAUUAGGAGGAAGUGAAAUUUUAAAGUUGACUACUGGGAAAGGUUGGCUGAGACAAAGCUUGAUCCACGUACCAUUGGCAGAUAGUCGGCGAGUUUUUCAGGCCUUGUGGCAGAACAACCCAAUGGUACCUUUGCAAAGGCUCCUCCUUGUUGAUGCUUGGGAUGGAGAACGUGAGUUGAGGACCAUCAUCUGGAUGAAGCGGGAUGCUGAAAAAACAAUCCUUGAGAUUGAUGAUCACAAGCGGCCAAUCUCUCAGAAUCAUUGAGAGAGAAGAAGUCCUAGCUGAAGUGGUCCCAUCCCUCCAAUGACCUCAUUGAUUUUCCUGAGAUCAUGAAGCAGUCUCCAUGAACCUGAAGUUUUCUUGUGAAUGAUGAACACUGGAGAAUUCCAGGGACUGUUCGUUGGUUUGAUGUGUCCCUUUUGCAGUUGCUCUUUGACCAAACUCAAACAAAUUCUGGGCUGCAUCAAAAGGAGCGUGGCCAGCAAGUCAAGGGAGGAGAUUCUCCCCCUCUGCUUUUCUCUUGUGAGACUCCACCUGGAGUACCGUGUCCAGCUCUGGGGUCCCCAACAUAAAAAGGACAUAGAACUGUUGGAGCAAGUCCAGAGGAGUCCACCUCCCCUACCAAUACAGGCUGAGAAAGUUGGGGCUGUUCAACCUGGAGAAGAGAAGGUUGCCUGAAGAUCUCUUAGCAACCUUCCAGUAUCUGAAGGGGCUACAGGGAAGAUUGAGAGGGACUCCUCAUCAGGAACUGCAGACAGGACAAGUAGUAAUGGGUAAAAAUUGAAAGAAAUUAGGAAAUUUAGGCUUGAUAUUAGGAAGAAAUUUUUUACUGUGAGGGUGGUGAGAUACUGGAACAGGUGGCCCAGAGAGGUUGUGGAUGCCUGAACCCUGGCAGUGUUCAAAGCCAGGUUGGAUAAGGCCUUAAGCAACCUGGUCUAGUGGGAGGUAUCCCUGCCUAUGGCAGGGGGGUUGGGACAAGAUGAUUUUUAAGGUCCAUCCCAACCCCAUAACAUACUAUGAUUCUAUGUAUCUAUUAAGAGCCUAAUUUUCCAUCUUGCAUUAACCAAGUUACUGUGUUCACAUACCAGAAAGAUGUUGCUCUUUGAAAAAGCAUGUUAGUGUAUGUGGCAAUGCCACAUGUGCUUUUUAAAUACCUAGAUCUGUACAUUCUCAUCUGAGUAUUGUUAAACAUGCUGUAGCCUGACAUACAGGUCUUUUACUGCUGCCCUGUUACAUAGAUAAUUGUAAUUAUCUGCAGUUUGUUUUUUCUACUACUUGAGGUUGCGUGAUCUGAAAACUGGUGAACAAAAAGUAUUUGUGCAUUUUACUAUGUGUAUCUCUGUUGUGGUGCAUGGUUCAUUUGGUUUGUUCUGUUUCCCCCUAAAGUUAUAAUGGUUCGGUCCUGGGGUCCCCCCCCCCUCCCCUGGCAACCCCUCCUUUUGAGAGUGUCAAUCUGUUGUCUCCUCCCCUGUUCCCCUGGUUACCCUCUGUCAAUCCCUCCCUGAGUUCCUGGCCAUCACCCACUGUCCCCUUCCCUCUUUCCAGAAAGUUCUCCCCUCUUCGGUGGGUGAUUGGAUCGGGAACAAGAGUCCCUCCCUGUCACAUUCCCUAUUGGCUAGCUGGCAUGUUUCUCACGAGUUUGUUCCCUCCCAAGUUCUCCCUCAUUGGUUGGUGUGUUGUAUGUUCCGCCCCCUUUAUAAUCGGCUGUACCCCCACCUCGUGGUCUUUUGCUCGGCUGGGAUCCCCUGGAGACAUUAAACUCUGGACUUUGCCCCCGAGACGAGUCCCUCUUUUCUUACUUCGCCUUCCUGCUGCUCACUGCUGCCUCCUGCUGAGGUGCUCCCCGGACGCCCCCGGCGCAUCUGGGCAGUGCCCCCCCCCCCCCGGCUGUCAGCUGCUGUGCCACAGUUCAGCCGGUGCAGACUCCUCCCCAGCUCAGGGGAGUAGAGAAAAAACUCGGACAGCAGCUCGGCAUAUCUCUAAAUAAAAUUUGUUUGUAUAGUUUGUUGGCUUGGCUGAUGGUUUCCUUUAUUUUGUAAUUAUCCCACUGCAAGUAAAUCCAGGGCAGUUGGGUUUUACCUUGUAACAGUCCAGCUUCUGUGUUGACAUGACUAAUUCAAAGGAAACAAAGUAAACUGUUGUUUUUCCUUCAUCAUUGAGUGGAUUGAUAUCCCAAGGGCACGUUCUCAACUUAUUCCUGUUUUUCAUAGCUUAUACAGCAGUCUUGUUCUCUGUAUAGCUGCAAUAACACUCCUAAUGUAAAUGUAUCUAAUGGCAGAGUUGGGACUGUUACACUCUUCAAAGCAUGUCCUUUAUGUUCUCUUCUUCUGGUACCUAAUUUGUUCUGAGGCAAGAGUUUCCUUUUAAUCAUGUUAUUUUUCUAAAAAAUAUUGUACAGCACAGACACCUAUAGGUGGACAGUUAGGUCUAGGACUAAGUGUGGUGGACAGUUAGGUCUAGGACUAAGUGUUUUAGGGAGACCUUAUGUGCUGAAAAUGCAGCUGUAGCACUAGAUAUUUCACUAUAUUUUAAUUGCAUAGGAGAGUGAGGCCUCUGUCCAACUGUCCUAUUUCCCUGCCUCCUCUUGUCUGCCGAGAAUUGGGAAGGUUAUAUUUGGAGAGGAGGAAUGUCCUUAAAAAAAAAUCAAAGCUUUAUGUUGAAGGUUAAAAUCAUGUGCCUAAAAGCAGCUUUUGCAUUCCCAUCUUCUUCACACUUGACUUCACCCUGCGGUGCUAAUUUCCAUGGUCAUGGGCAAACUGCAGCUUUGUAUGCAAGCUAUGGGAGACCAUGUGUCCAGAUUUGCCAUAUCUGCUCUGUAGUAUUGUAGUAGGCAUUACAGAGGAGAAUCUAAAAAGCAUGUGAAUAUUAUCCUGUCAUCCUACUGGCCUUAUACUAAAACUGAGAGAUGCAAAAAAAGAAGCAUUCAUGGCCCUGGAGACAGGCAGAAGAUGAUGGGUUAGAUGUAUGGUGGGAGGAAGAUAGAAGGUGUUGGUAGUAGUGGUUCCUGGCUUGCAUCCUGUCACAGCCAUGGAUUUGGAUGGGCUUGUGCCAACCCCUCAGUGCAAAAGCUGUAUCUGAACUUCUUGAGCUGUGCUCUAUUCCUAGAGGGUUAUUCUUGAUGCUGCUUCCCUUUAACACAGAACAGGUCCCCUGUCAGGCUGAUGCUUUUGUUUAUACCCCUAUACCUCAUAGGAAAGCAAGAAGAAGGUGAAGGGAUAGUUUAAGCUAUAGAAAAGGCCCUGUCAAUCAGGGUUACUAACUCUCCAGUUGAAUCGGAUGAUCCAUCAAGUACAGCUUUCAGAUGAUAUGAGGCCUGUCAGCUGUCUUGUGGGACCAAAAUGGAUUGGGGAUGGCUGAGGGCCUCAGGAAGUAUCAAGACAGUCAGUACUCCUCAAGCUCCUCCUAGAUGUGUGUCUAGCUUAAAUCUCAGCAGUAAAGAGUCCAAAUCUUCCCCCAGCAGCUAAUUCUAGCAUUCAUUUAUAUUGUCCCAUCCCCUGUCUUGCAGAUCCCCUUGCUUUCCUAUUCACUGUGUAGAUGAAGCAGUUUGUGGGGCAGCUCAUCUGUUUUUGUUUAAAGGGAUUUUUAAGUGUUUCAUGGCAAUGGUCUUCACUUCUUAUACUGAACAGUCCAGAUUCCCUCAGCAUUUUCUCACUGGCCAUGCUUGGCAUGUAUGUGUGUGGCCAUUGUUAUAUCUGGCUGUGGAACCAAGAUCUAUUGUACUCCUUGCCCUGGACCCUACAGCAUCUCCAUGCUGCUACUAUCGACAGCUUCUUUUCCCAUAUGCUACAAAUGCAGUGGCAGUGGACAUUAUCCCUUUCAACAUUCAAUCUGCUGCCUGCCUUCAACUUUCAGCCCAACUGCUGCAGGUUUGCUUGGAUGUCAUCACUUCCCUUCUUGGGUGUAUUUUGUUUCUGAUCUUUGUGAUCUCAGCUCUUGCCAGCUGGUGGCACCGCUGUUGCAGAACAAGGAAUCCAAAACAAGAUAGUACUGUGGGAAUAGUUUCACACUGUUCUGUUAGUUCUUCCUAGCCAUAGCUGUACUCAUCCUGUCUGCUUCUAAAUGGAGGAUCAGGAUAAUAUUUCUCAAUUCAAGGUUCUUUCAAGGUUCAGUAAAUGGAUUAAUAAAUGAAGGGAUGCCAGGAACACGGUGCUUGAACUGUUCUUUUGACAAGGGCAGCCUGUUCUGUCAGACACUGAAAGUGAGCAAAUUCAGAGUAUAUUAAAAAACAAGUACCUUUGUGCUUUGUCUCCCAACCUCCUCAUUCUGUCCCAAGCCUUUGCAUCUGGCAAAACAAAUGACAGGAUGGCUUCAGCCCCCUGCAAGGCUCAAGGGACCAUGCAGCCAACAUAGCAUUAGGGACCUACUGAUCAGCUGCUCCAAAGUACCACCCUACGUAGAAGGUCUUACCAUUCCCUCUUCAUUAAGGUAUACCACCAGCUGGGAGUGGUAAGAAAGAAGCCACAGGCCUUAAAGUGCUGAACUGUAGUCAGAAGGUCAGACUGACAAUUGUUUGGACUGUUUGUGCCAAAAACAUAAACAAAGCAGAGGUUGUGUUCCAGGGAUGCUGAAUCGCAGAAUCACAGAAUCACAGAAUCAUGAGGUUGGAAGAGACCUCUAAGAUCAUCAAGUCCAACCUAUGCCCUAACAUCUCAACUAGACUAUAGCACCAAGUGCCAUGUCCAGUCUUUUUUUAAACACAUCCAGAGAUGGUGAUUCCACCACCUCGCUGGGAAGACAAUUCCAGUGCUUUAUUAUUCUUUCAGUGAAAAAUUUUUUCCUAAUAUCUAACCUAUACCUUCCCUGACGUAGCUUGAGACUGUGUCCCCUUGUUCUGUCAGUUGCUGCCCGGUGGAAGAGACCGACCCCCACCUGUCUACAACCUCCCUUCAGGAAGUUGUAGAGAGCAAUAAGGUCACCUCUAAGCCUCCUCCUCUCCAGGCUAAACAACCCCAGCUCCCUCAAACGUUCCUCGUAGGGCUUGUUUUCCAAGCCCCUCACCAGCCUCGUUGCUCUCCUCUGGACACGCUCAAGUAUCUCAAUAUCCUUCCUAAAUUGAGGGGCCCAGAACUGGACACAGUACUCAAGAUGUGGCCUCACCAGUGCCGAGUACAGGGGGAGAAUGACCUCCCUGCUCCUGCUGGUCACACAAUUCCUAAUGCAGGCCAGGAUGCCGUUGGCCUUCUUGGCCACCAAGGCACAUUGCUGGCUCAUAUCCAAUCGGCUGUCAACCAGCACCCCCAGGUCCCUUUCUGCCUGAACACUAUCCAGCCACACCGUCCCCAGCCUGUAACGCUGUAGGGGAUUUUUGUGGCCAAAAUGCAGAACUCGGCACUUAGACUUAUUAAACUUCAUACUGUUGGACUCUGCCCAUCCAUCCAACCGAUCUAAGUCUCUCUGCAGAGCCCUCCUUCCUUCCAAUAGAUCAACACAAGCUCCCAGCUUAGUGUCGUCUGCAAAUUUACUAAUGAAGGACUCGAUGCCCUCAUCCAUGUCAUCUAUAAAAAUAUUAAAUAGAACUGGUCCCAGUACAGACCCCUGAGGGACACCACUGGUGACUGGCCGCCAGCUGGAUGCAGCACCAUUCACAACCACUCUCUGGGCCCGGCCAUCCAGCCAGUUCCUAACCCAGCGAAGAGUUCUCCUAUCCAAGCCACGGGCUGCCAGCUUUUCCAGGAGUGUGCUGUGGGAGACAGUAUCAAAGAAGUUUCAGCAGAAAGAUUUUUGGCCCUUAUAAUUGGUGCCUGUGGGUUUUUUUUCCUGUGUUAUCAAGUUUCCCUGUUCCAGGGGUUUCCUGUCUCUACAUACCCACUGCAGUGCCUCAUGCAUGUUGAACAUUAGGCACAUGGACUCAUCUACAAUAGAAAUUUCAGAAAUUCUAGAUAACUGGAAAGGAUUUAACUAGAUUUAACAGACUGGCACUGUUGCUGUAAAACUCCUCCCCAUAUAGCUGCUGUAUUCUAGGUAAAUAUUCACCUAGGGAGCAAUGGUGGCUAAUUUCUAAAUAUAUAUGAGCACUAAAAGAGGUCUCAGAGCCAAGAGGGUGAGGAACAGUUGGUCAGUGCCAAGAAAAACACCUGGGAAAGUACAAUCUAUUUCUUCGUGUGCUAUGCUGGCAGACUGCAUCCUACUGCUGGAGACCAUGCAGCAACCAGACCAGCAAGGAUGCCAAUAGAGAGCUAUUCAACUAUAGAAACUUCUGAUCUUGUUCUCUGAUGAAACCACUUCAUAAGAGACUUUUCCAGUAAAGAAAUUGUAGGAGUAAUUUUCUUAGGAAUCUUAGGAAGAAAUUCUUUACUGUGAGGAUGGUGAGGCGUUAGAACAAGUUGCCCAGAGAAGUUGUGGAUACCUGUAGUGGUUUUGGUUCACCAAUUUGAGAUUUCGCCAAUUUUGAGACUUCCUGGGCAGCGCACCAAUGAGUGUGGUGGGUUUCAGUGCUGGCCAAUCACCAGUGCACUCAUUUCCUGCUGUGAGGUAGGAUUAGGAGAAAGGUAGAGCAGGCUCAAAACUUUAAAAGGGUAUAAAGAAAAUUUUAUUAACAGUAACUAAAAGAAAAAAAUAGUAAGAAUCAAAACAAACCCUUCAGGACACUUCUCCUCCCCCCACAACCUUUUCUUUUCCAUUGACAAUGUAAAGAAACAAAACCUAAAAUGUCCAGUCAGUUUACCACCUCUAAAAUAGUCUUUCUUCAGUUCACUUAGGGAGAGAAGUCCCUCUUAUUAAUGUUAUGGAGACUUCUCCACAAGAGGAAAAAACAGUUCUCUCGUGGCUCUCAAUUUCCACGACUAACAGCCACCCAGGGAACACUGCCAUUGUAAAGUCCCUCCCAUUUUCCACAAUCCUUCCCACAGCUUGUUUAUGGGCCAUCUCGACUUGUGGGGUAUUGUUUUAAAGAUGAGCUGUUCAAAGGCAAAAGUUCUCAUCUAUUUCUAAAAUCAUGUUCAUUCCUGGGAACAGAGAUCUUCUCCUGGGGGCACAGGACUACUCUUCUGUAGCAGUCUGAAUUGCUGCUAGCAUAGUCCAGGGUAAGGAGGCAAAAAGGACCUUUGCAUACUAAUCACAGAUGUUUUAUUCAGCCGCACGGUGAGAUGUUCAGGUCCCAGCACCUACACACAUAGAGAGUCCUACUUUCCCACUACAGGGGCUUGGGGGCUGACCCUGGUCUUGAGGCAGUACAAAGAUGAGGGCCAAUCAGGGAAUAGGGAGGGAGUGGCUCAGGAACAUGGGAACAGACAUAGGAAUAGGGGAAGGAGCCAAUGGGGUGUAACAGCUUUUUGAGGGAAUCUUCUUGCAUCUCCCUGGACCAGGGAAUGCCCCCCCAGGGUCUCCACACUCUUCUCUUUCUCUGUUCAAACUUCUCAUGGGAUCACAGCUACUUUAACAUCUGCUUACUUUAGCAUGGAGGCCUUUGCUCAAUAUCAGUUUGAACCCUUCAUCUCCCCAUAGUUUCAUGCAUUAUAGGGAAAAAGAGUAUUUUCUCCAUAGCUUACAAGAGGAUUUCAGUCCUAAAAUCAAGGCAUCUCCUCAUCUCUCCCAUCUGGGACUUGACUUCUUCACUGACCUCAAUGUCUUCAUGUUGUUCCUUUACAUGCUUGCAUCUCGUUCCUUUCUCUCACUCAAGGGAGGAUUAAGUCACUGAAAGGGUUAACAUGUCACCUGGGCCCUGCAAAUGGUCACCUGACCCGCCAGUAACUUGUGGCGGGAGCUGUGGCUGGGGCUGUGUCAGGAUCGACUUCAUGGUUGGUCUUUGGUUUUCUCUGCGUUCAGUUCCAGCCGCAGGACCAUUCUGCACGGGCUGCAGGGCCGCCUCUGGUCUCAGCCGUGCUGGGGGAGGGGACCUGGCAGCAAGAUCUUAAUAGCCACGGCCAGCCCUUCUCUGGCCAGGACUCCACAGCCUCCCCCACCUUCCUGCCUGGCUCUUGCUUAGACUGCAACCCCUGGUGCGAGGACACGAGGCUUGACUCCAUUUUCAUCAGAAGGCUGUUUUAUUAUGAUAUAUGUUAUACUAAAAUACUACAUUACAACUAUACUAAAAGAACAGAGAGAAGAAAAUCAGAAGGCUACCAAGACAAGAAUAGAACAGGAAUGAAUAACAAAAAUCCUGUGACUGCUCACAGCCUUGGCACAGGUGGCUGUGAUUGGUCACUGAUUGAAAACAAUCCACAUGGACCAAUGGAAGACUCACCUGUGGCACUCCACAGCAGCAGAUAGUUAUUGUUUACAUUUCUUUCCUGAGGCCCUCAGCUCCUCAGGACAGGAAAAAUCCUAGCAGAGGCUUUUUCACUAAAAAUCCUGGCAACAUCUCACCCUUUUAAAUUAUUAAAUUAAAUAGAAAAAGAAAUGUUUGCAAUCCCUUCCACUAGGGCUUUGCAGAAGAGAGAACAACACCUCUUGAGGUUCAUCU